AUGAAUAGGAAACCAUCAUUCUUGGGCCGUUCCGUCUUCACUAUUUUGUCCACAUGGUCAUUGUUCCACAACGCCAUCGUAUCGGCAGACCUUCCGACGACAAAGCUUUCCAAUGGCAUUGAUUUUCCCUUGGUGGGCUUGGGCGUAGGAAACUUACAACAUGAGUUGAUUGAAUCGCAAAUUUCCCAUGGAUUAUCAACGAAAAUGAACUAUCGAAUGCUUGACACAGCACAUGCCAGUCAUAAUGAAAAUAUCAUCCAUACUGGAAUCGAACAGGGCUUGUCGUCUUAUGCUGCAUCGCUCCAGGACAGUACUGACGGCGCAAACAGUACAGUUCACGUAAUUACCAAGGUCUGGUACACUCAUUUGGGAUACGAACGCACCAAAAUAUCUGUCAAAGAAUCCUUGGAACAGCUCAACAGCCCAAACAUUAGCGUCCACCUAUUGAUCCAUUGGCCUCGGUGUCGGGACGAUGUUCCCUGGAUGGAUUGCGAGGCGGAAGAAAAUCUGUUGCCACAAUAUGUCAAGGACGCUGGUCCACCGCCUCAUUUGGACAAGGAUCAUGCCUAUUUGGAAUCCUGGAGGGCCUUGGAAGACAUUUACAUGGGCAAGGUAAAGCUGGGCACCGACCUGCCUUUAAUUACCAGCAUUGGGAUCUCCAACUUUGAUUUGCCCGAAAUAAAAGAGUUGAUUGUCCACAGUCGCAUCGUCCCGCAUAUGAUGCAAGGGAAUUCUUGGAGCUAUGUCUUUGACCCCGAUUUGAUUUACUUUUUGUAUCGGCGCAAGAUCCACUUUCAAGUUUACAAUGUCAUGAAUGGCAUUUACGAACGCUCUGGGGAGACGCCUUUGGCCUUUCGUGCAUUGGGAGAUAUUGCUAGAGCCCUUUCUGCGUUUGCCAAGACCGAGCAUGGCAGGGACAUUCGAUAUACCGAAGCACAAAUUCUCCUGAAGUGGUUUACCCAAAACAAGGUUUCCGUCAUUCCACGAACCCGAUCCUUGGACCACUUGGAAGAAAAUUCCCCCGAAGCUGUCGGCAGUAUGCCACAUCUUACUCCGGAAGAAGAAGAACAAGUAUCCGCCAUUGUCCGCUCCAUGUUUGAAGGCCACGACUUUGAUCAGCCCCAGGCCAGCUUUAUCAACGCGGCAUCGGAAAAGGUUCACCUCUUUUGGAAGGACCUUGAUGGCAUGGAACAUCCCGUCAGAACAGAUUUGGAGGAUGGAGAUGUAUUUGACACUGCUACCCAUACUGGUCACGUCUUUGUAGCAUACGACGACAGUCAACUCAAACGAAAAGAGUUUCAAGUGACAGCGACCUACAAUCAGGUGGAAGAGAUUCACAUUGGCGAGUUAUUAGAAGAGUUGUAG